CGAUGAUAUCUCUUGCACAAAUCCAGUUCAUUCGAAAAGCUCUCCUUGAAGCUCGUGUGUCACUGUCUGAGCUCGUUCUGGAAUCACUCGAUGACAAGACCUUCGCCGGGUUCACCUUCUUCGAAGGUCUCAAUGCCAAUCUUGGCCUUAUUCUCGCGGCGUCUGCGCGGAAUACUCGGACGUCUGCCGUGACACGGCGUUGGGCGCAUCAAGAAAUGAAAGCACAUUACCAUCGCGUCGCGCGCGAGCUGACGGACAAGGACAACGGAUGGCAUCUCGGUGCCGUGCACAUGAAAGCCGAGCAAGUCCUUGAUUUCCGCAUCGAGGACAUGGCUGCGCGAAUGCGGUCCCUGGCUCCCGAACUAUGGGAACUCAUCGUGUUCCUCUUGUCAGGCCGAGAGCUCUGGACUGGCCUAGGGGAGGGAGAUCCCGAGAAUCAAACUCUCAGUCCGGAUGAGCUGGAGUUGUGGCGGGAACUUGAACUCGGCGGAGGCGAUGUUCGAGAAGGCGCCGAUCCCUCAGCUCCUGCGAAGGAUGCUCGGUUGAAAUUGCAGCGAGCCUUAUGUCAUCUAAAGACAGUAGUUAUACUGUCUGUAAUCAUGCACUCGCUCAAUCAGCAAUGCAACGCGUUCGCUGCCGUCAACGCGAUCUUCUUCCAUUCCUGCAAUACACCUGACAAGGUCAUCAAGGCACUUGCACAUAUGGGCAUCUCAAUCUCACCGUCUUCUAUCAAUAAUGCCGUUCACUCACUGUCCCGAGAGAGUGCGAGAAAUGUUCGCCAGCUCGGGCAGUCCCUCCGCGCGAUGCUCGCAUACGACAACUGUGAGCUAACACUCAGGACCAUGACACCUACGAUCGAGAAAUCGGGGGAUCGACUCGUCCACCUUACAUCAGGGCUCAUCAUCAAGCUCGAACAUGGUGUCCAGCCUGACGACCUACGCUGCUCACGUAGGCUAUGGGAGACCUCGUGGCUCAAUCCCAGUGUCCUCUACAGCCCAACCCCGCCACCACGAUAUUCGUACGAAAACCUCCUGACACUCCAUCCCGAUCCUCCACAUCCAUCGGGUUUGUCCCGUAGCGCCCGCUUCACAGCAUGGCUUUUUCUCGACGCACUCUUCCGACAUGGCCCAGAAUAUUUCCGACAAUUCAUUCCGUUGUUACCCAACCCAGAAGCUGUCGAACUGAUCCCUGUUGUAAAGCUCACCUACCACCCCGUUCGGUGCAUGGAUAUAAAUCAGUCGAAGGUCGAUGGCAACAUCCAGGCGAUCGCGGACUUGCUCAAACAGGCAGGGAUCGGAGACCCCGAGGCCACGGAGGCAGAUGAAGACAUUGUAGACAUAUCGGAGCAUGUAGUGCUUGUCCAUGGUGAUCUCGGAACGGCCGAGCGGGUGCAGGCUAUCCAAAAGCGCCGCAGCAUCGAGCAGACAGCCCUUCGCCGCCAUCAGUUUGCCAUCUUCGUCCCAGGUAUAUUUCACUCGAAGAUGGCCUGUGCAGAUGACAUCUGGCGCAUGUUCAUACAACCACCCGAGUCGCGUCGCGAUGAGAACAGUCUCAUGCAUUUUGUGGGGAUGCUACGCCCGCGAGAAACAGGCCAGAUAGGUUCAAAGCCGAAGUUUCGCCAGAUGCACGAGGUAAUAUUGCACACCGGAAUCGUACUGCGGCUGGAUUGCUGGCGUACGGAGGCCCGCUCGCAAUAUCGCGAUCAAGCAGUGGACAGUCUGGAUGACUUUGCUCGCCAGACACCAACAUUCGAGCAGCUUGUUACCAUGGCCCACCGUAUGGUCCCCAAGUAUGUUGCCGGGGUGCAGAACCUCUAUGCUAUGCGCAACCGCAGUGCCGAUGUACGCGAUCAGCAACACGAAAACAUCAUGCUCAUGCAUCAGUAUUUUUCGCUUUACGAGGAGUUCUCCUAUCAUGCCAAUGCGGGAGAUAUCGGAGGCAUUGAGGCAAUAAUGCCUGCAUGGAUUGCUCUGUUCAAGGCGACGGGGAAGCAUAAAUAUGCAAGCUACAUGGAGAGGUUCUGGACAGAUGUACAUUUUGUCUACCCCGAGCGACUGCGCCAUGCAAUUCGUUACAACAUUCUUGUUAACCCAACGGGCAAACCGCACGCUUUCCGGGGGGUCGAUUGGGUCGUUGAGCUGAUGAAUUUGUUCACUAAGGACACUUACGGUGGAGACGGCUCCAAUUACACAAAGGACCGGGUUAUCACAGAGUCUCCCAAUGUCCUGGUGUACAGUUGAAGUUGUGCUCGCAAUGCAGAGCACAACUUUUAUCUCUCCGGCCUCUCGUCAGCUCAUGGAAAGAAGAACCUC